AUGUGUUAUGUUAUUAUAACCGGCCGCAGUCUAGCAUGGCUGCUGAUAAGUUUGGCUGCUUUUAUGCUAAUUUUGACCGGUGUUAUGACGCCUAAAUGGUUGCUCGGCCAGCCAAACAUAGUGAAUGAAAACAAUAUAACCAGUUUUUAUGUUCCCAGUGUUGGUAUCUACAAUAGAUGUAUACGUACAGAACAUGACCGAAACCAUUGUGCUCCAUUCUCACUCUAUGGACUUGCAACUGAUUCAUAUGUGUAUCCUACUCCGUGGAAGGCAGCAAUGUUUUUUUUAUCCUUUUGUGCAGCUAUCCAGUUUUCUACAGUACUUGCAGGAGUUUUGGCAUGCUGUGUCCAAUCUGUAUUUAAAAAGAGUGUAAUAUCACUUGCAGGUGCCACUCAGGCAUUGGGAGGUUUGUUUGGUGUGCUGGGUAUACUGCUUUAUCCUUGGGGUUGGGGUGCUGCCCGAGUAAAGCGGCUUUGUGGUGAAUACUCUGAGCCUUACAUACCUGGGGACUGUUCUAUUGGUUGGGCCCUAUACAUGACAAUACUCGGAGUGGGUCUAGUGUUUUUGGCAAGUGCUUUAUCAAAGACAGCGGAUAAAGCGGCUAAUUCUGACAAAGUCCAGUUUAAAAUGGAUGAAGGGAAGCAGCUGAUUUGCCUUGCAUAA